AUGUCGAGCACCGAUGCCAAACACGAGGCUCUGCAGCCAAUUCACCCCUCCAUGGCAGGCAAACUCGACCCCGUGUUUGAGAAGCUGUACAACGACAACGUCGCCAAUACCCCCUUGAAGCCAAUUGAUCUCGCAGUGCUACGGUCCAAGUAUUCGGUGCUGUACAGCUACGGUACCGGUCCAGCCCCGGACGUGGGACGCAUAUACGAUCGCCAAAUUCCCCUCGACGACGGGAGCGGCGCCAACCUCGAUAUUCGAGUCUACGAACCAGACACCAAGGGCCCGUGGCCUGUUCAUAUCGACUACCAUGGCGGUGGCUGGGGCCUUGGAGACCUUGACACCGAGGCUCAUAUCUGCAAGCAUAUCUGCAAGAAGGCCAACGUCGUUGUCAUCGACGUAGCCUACCGGCUUGUUCCAGAGCACCCCUUCCCUGUCGGUAUUACUGACAGCUUCGCCGCCCUCAAGUAUAUCCACGCCCACGGUGCCCGAGAUUUCAACAUCAUGCCCGAAAGCAUCUCAUUAGGAGGUGUCUCAGCAGGAGGUUUUAUAGCUCUCGCGCUCGCUCACCUCGCACGAGACAAUAAGCCCAAUCCCAUUCCCCUCAAGCUGGUGGCUGUGGGAACUCCCGUCAUCGACGAUCUUUCACAAUACUCGUCCGCCGCUGAGUCCCCCUUCCCCUCCAUGCAGGAGAAUGAAAUGGCACCCACGCUCAACUGGGGCCGUUUGGCUUGGUUUGAUAAGCUCAAGUGGUCGUCUCUCCCCGCCGACCCCAAGGAGCAUAAGGCUGCACGAGAAAAGGUUGGGUGGUUUGCCAAUCUUCUAGAUGCUCCCAAUUUCAAGGACCUAGCCAAAACCGUCAUCUACACUGCGGGAGCAGAUCCAUUACGCGAUGAAGGGGAGCACUAUGCACGCAAAUUGGUCGAGAAUGGUGUUGAGGUCACUCUGAAACGGUUUCCCGGUGUGCCACACCCAUUUAUGCACAUGGACAAGGAUCUCUGGCAAGCCAGCCAGUUUAUCGACAAGACGGCCAGAGAAAUUCGACUGGCACUUCAUGACUGA